CAUCACGCAGGACGCACGGAGGACGCGCAGUUACUGACACAAACCGCAGUUCCCUCGUGUUUGGACUCCGCUUUGAUUCCUUAAGUGGGCAUUAUUCGCUGUAAACCACAUGCUGCGGGAGGGGUUUUGUUGUUUUUCAUCCCCAUUGUUACUCGGAGGCGUGUUUCCAUGAUGCUCGGGCUCCGCGGGAGUGUUGGCUCCGCGCUCUGGAUUAAAACAUGUGCCGGAUCUCUGUGGACAUAAUAACCAAGCAUAACCGGAGCCGCUUUUGACCCUUCAACCAGAGAAGCUCGUUUCAGUCUCUCAUGCAAGUGCGGAAUGGGGCCGUCACCUAAACUGGUUUUUAUUACUUUUCUGGUCUGGGCGGAAGCGUCCUUGUUUCACUCCUCAGACGGCCACUCCAGCCACCUCUCCCUGCAGAAGACCUUCGGCCACUCGGCCAAAGACUCGCAGUGCCAACGCAUGCUGAAGCACCUUCACAAUGGAGCCCGCAUCACCGUGCAGAUGCCCCCCAACGUGGAGGGUCACUGGGUGUCCACCAGCUGUGAGGUGAGACCCGGCCCAGAGUUUCUGACCCGCUCCUACAGGUUUUACCCCAACAACACUUUCCAGGCCCAUCAGUUCUACUACGAAGACAACUACUGCACCAAACCCACGUACACGCUGGUGAUCAGCGGGCGGCUGCGCCUACGCCAGGCCUCCUGGAUCAUCCGCGGGGGCACGGAGGCCGAGUACCACCUCCACCACGUGCAGAUGGUGUGUCACACGGCCCCCGUGGCCAAGCAGCUGGGCCGGAGGCUCAACCGCAGCUGCAGAGGGGCCGUGACGGGCCCCUGGGAGCCCAACACCUCGUACCAGCUGUGGAGCGAGGACGGCGGCUACAACUGCUCCAGAGAGCUCAACUUUGCCAUGCACGAGCUGCAGCUGCUGAGGGUGGAGAAGCAGUACCUGCACCACAACCUGGACCACCUGGUGGAGGAGCUGUUUCUGGGGGACAUCCACACCGAGCCGUCGCAGAGGCUGUACUACAAGCCGUCCAGCUACCAGACCGCACUGCAGAACGCUAAGAACCACGACCACGGCUGCAUCACCUGCCGGAUCAUCUACCGCUCGGACGAGUUCCACCCGCCCAUCCUGCCGCCGCGGGCCGACCUGACCGUGGGGCUGUACGGCCAGUGGGUGAGCCAGCGCUGCGAGGUCCGGCCCGAGGUGCUCUUCCUCACCCGCCACUUCAUCUUCCACGACAACAACCACACCUGGGAGGGCCACUACUACCACUACUCCGACCCCAUCUGCAAACACCCCACCUUCAUCAUCUACGCCCGCGGCCGCUACAGCCGGGGGCUGCACUCCACCCGCGUCAAGGGGGGGACCGAGUUCAUCUUUAAAGUGAACCACAUGAGGGUGACUCCCAUGGACGUCGCCACCACCUCCCUCCUCAACGUCUUCAGCGGCAACGAGUGCGGCGUGCAGGGCUCGUGGAAGGCCGGGGUGGAGCAGGACGUCACCGUGACCAACGGCUGCGUGGCGCUGGGCAUCCGGCUCCCCCACACGGAGUACGAGCUCUUCCGCAUGGAGCAGGACAUCAGCGGACGCUACCUGCUGUACAACGGCCAGCGUCCCAGCGACGGCUCCAGCCCCGACGGCCCGGACAAGCGGGCCACGUCCUACCAGAUGCCCCUGGUGCAGUGCUCGUCCAGCAGCCAGCGGUACGACCACAGCCGGGCCGACGACCCGGACGGGGCUCUGCUGCACCGCAGCGGCUGCGCGGGACGCCAUUGUGGCGCCGCAGCGCUGGCGGCAGUCGUCAGCGUUCUGCUCCUCCUCUCCCAGAGUUAGAGGACCUUUAUCUGCAUGAAAAAGGACAAAAGUGUGGAUUUACAUGCAAAGUUCUUAGACUCCUUAUUAAAACAGAGCGUAAACUUCCCCCUUCUGGUUUAAAGGAGCGGGAGAACUGAUCUCCUUUCCAGCUACCAAAGACUUGACACUGCUGCACCCCAGAAACUGCACUUUAGACUGGAACCGGCCGCCUGCCAUUCCUCAGACGUCCAAAGAGAUGACUAUAGCCCACACAGAUUAGAGAGAAAAUGCUUUUCCUGUAGAGUAUUAACCUUCAACUUAGCACAUCAUGGUUUGAUUACUGCAGAAACACAACUUGAUACGGAGAAACAAUGUCUUCCUGACAACGACCUCCCUGAGUCGAGGAGACACACUUGUAACUGCUCACAGUAAAAAAGGGAGCCAGGCUUCAUCCCUGGAAGUUAUUACUCCACAUAUAUUAAGGUCAUUGACAUCUACGGCAGAUAUGAGCGUUUUAUGCCAGAAAAAAGAGCUCACACUUUUGUUUUCGAGCCAAUAAAACGCUUUUCACCUGCAAACAGUUAGCCCGCGUGGAGGAUCUCUGGAGAGCUCGGCUCAGACAGCUGCAUCCUCUCCGCCCGGCGGCUGACCUCGCUUCCAGGGAGGCUGCUCUGAAGUUACGUAAUCCUCAGGACGCCAAGGUUCACCUGGAGACUUGACAUAUUCAGCAAUUAGAGAGAUUGGACUCGCGCCGUAACCCCCCCGGGGUUGCUUUCAUGUACACUCUGACACGUUGUGACUGAUUAAUAAAUGAACAUUAAUCUU